GUUUUCUUAACUGAUGGUGUCAGUUUUGACAAAAUGAGAUCUCACAACACUCAAUUAUUUCUAAUGGUAUGGAUUUUCACCUUAUACGUAACAGCGAUCGUACUUUUCACCAAAGGAUUUUUAUUGAAACGCCUGGAAAUUCCUCAGAAAAGCACUUGCUCCGACUUUCAAGCUGAUGGAAAAUUUGAUCAACAUGGCGAUUUCAGUCAGGGAUGCUGGACUCAAAGGCGUUUCAAGCAAGCAGUUUUGCUUGUCAUCGAUGCGCUCAGAUUCGAUUUUGCUGUGCCUGAUUCGAAAUCAGACACUGCCUUUCAGAACAGACUUCCCUUUCUCAGUAGAUUGUUGGUCGAGAAACCAUUACACUCGAGACUGUACGAGUUUUUAGCAGACCCUCCAACUACCACGAUGCAAAGACUAAAGGGUCUUACCACUGGCAGCCUUCCCACUUUUGUAGAUGCUGGAAGCAAUUUUGCAUCUUCAGAAAUUGUAGAAGAUAAUUUCAUAUCCCAAUUGACUGGUUUAGGUGGCAGUAUCACCUUUAUGGGUGACGACACAUGGGAAUCUUUAUUUAUUGGUAAAUUCAAGAAAGCAUUUCCAUAUCCUUCAUUCAAUGUUAAAGACUUGCAUACUGUAGAUAAUGGUGUUAUUGAACAUUUAAUUCCUGAGAUUAUCAACAAUGACUGGCAUUUAUUAAUUGCCCAUUUCCUUGGAGUUGACCAUUGCGGUCAUAGAUUCGGUCCUUAUCAUUCUGCUAUGAGUGAAAAACUUAGCCAGAUGAAUGAUGUCAUACGAUCAGUGGUGGAGACUAUAUCCAAUGAGACAGUGCUAUUUAUAUUUGGAGACCAUGGUAUGACAUCUACUGGGGAUCAUGGUGGCGAUAGUGCUGAUGAAUUAUCAGCUGCCUUGUUUGUUUAUUCACCAUCACAACUGAUGCAUCCUGACACUGUGUUACUAAACCCCUUACAGAAAAAUUACAAGACUCUGUCUCAAGUCGACUUAGUACCAACACUAUCACUUUUACUCGGAACACCAAUUCCUUUUUCCAAUUUGGGCAGCGUCAUGACUGAUCUGUUCACAUUUGAAGAUAAAUCUCCAAGUAGUAGUUACUCAGUGGCAGUUUUGAAAUCCAUCGAGGCACUGAGAUUAAAUUCUUAUCAAGUCAAACGGUAUAUUGAUGAGUAUUCUCGGGUGUCUGAUGAAUUUCCUCAUCAAAGAGCGACUGAUUUACAAAGCAAGCUUGAUGCAGCAGAAAGACUACUAUCUGAGGGAAAUUAUGAACAGUUGUCCCACAUCCAGAACUUGUAUAUAGAUUAUUUAAAUGGUGUGAAACACAUGUGCCAGAGAAUUUGGGCGAAAUUUGAUCUUGUUUUAAUAACCUGUGGAAUUUUGAUGAUGGUGAUUGCUAUUACAAGCAGUGUCGCAUUGGUACUAUGUCUGAAUACCACUAUGGCAGUUCCUCAAAUUUCACUGACGCUAAACGGUCAUUUAAAAUUGAUAAUAAAAAGUGGAAUUUUCGGACUUGCAUUUGGAAUCUUUGCUGUUCUCCUACAUACGCCACUCAGGUCAAAUUGGGCGACCAUUUUGUUCUUUUUGUUUGCACUUAUCUCAAGUUUGACUUUUUUGUGUAAAUUUUUUCUACUCGACAAAUCAUGUAAAUUCAAACAGGUUUCCUGGGAGUCAUUUAUGGCAACAGUGUUGAUGCUUUUUUAUGCUGUAGCGAUGACAUCAAACAGUUACGUGGUACGCGAAGACGAUGUGUGCGUAUUUCUCAUACAUACAUUAUUAUUAACUGUAUUUCUGUUGAAUGUGAAGUAUACAAGGACUAAACGGAAGUCUACUAGGAAAUGGGAUCUUGGAGUGUGGCUCACUCAGCCAUUAUCCAGAGUUAUGUUUAUAAUAUUAAUAAUUAGUGCUGCUGUGCGCCUGAGUGCACAUUUCCGGGUAUGCAGGGAAGAGCAGUAUCCCGCAUGCGAAAGUUCAGCAUUCGCGCAAUCACUGUCUAGUUUGCCACCUGCGCAAAUCGUCUUCAAAAACAUGCGAUACUUUUUGUCACUUGCUUGUGUUAGUGUAUUGCCUUUAGGUCUGCGUUUCUGGAUGAGUCACUAUGGCAACCUCAAUGGAUCAUCCGCAGCUGUAACUUAUGCGAUCUACGGGUUACCCCUAGCAGCAGUGUGUGCGUCCUUCUACUGGGCAUUGCAAGCCCUGCCUGAUAAAACUGUGGAUAGUCUCCCAGUGUGGCAGCAAGUUUUACUUCCAAGGAUUGUGUAUUCUGUAUUUGCUGUGGGUAUCAUUAUAGUACUGUGGAAACCUCUAACUGUGUAUGUGAUUCACAGAGGAGAAAAAAAAAGAAACUCUAAUUCUGAAUCUGCAUCACUGGAGAUACAUCAAGAUGAAGAACAUGAAGUUGUGAAGAAAGUUUUUAAAAAGAUGAAAUCAAACUGGAAGAAACCAUCAAACGACUUCAGCUCAGACAGCAGUGUACCCAUGGUGUAUGGCCUCGCUACGGUAUACUCUGCUAGUUACUUAUUGUUGGUAACUAUUUUUAUACUGGUAUUGACAAUACUCCUCGGUGAUGGGUUUGCUCCAGCCAUGCUGCUGCUUUCUGUACAAAUGUUUUUCUUGUUGGAAUUAUAUGCUGUUAUCUCUCAUGUUAAGUUCAGGGAUUCAGGCAGCUCAAAAGUCGAUAAAUUUCACGAUAUCCCAUGGUCUAUCGUUGCUCUGUGGGCGUUGAUGGCUUCGCAGUAUUUUUUCGCAACUGGACACCAAGCUACUGUACCAUCCAUUAGGUUUGAAUCUGCAUUUGUUGGUUUCCAUGGCGACUUUCCAUUCUACCUCUACUUUGUAGCGGCAUUAAUGAUCGGUUUGAACACAUAUGCCGGACCUGUGAUUUUUACAGUUUCCCUACCAUUAAUUAUAUUUUGGCCAUAUUCAAGAGGAACAUUGUCGCAACAAGAUGGCAGUAAUCGAGCAAACGACAAGGGAGAAUUUCUUCUUCAUGAGAAUGAAGAAAAGUUUUCAGUUAUUUGUUUUCGACUUUUCAUGAUGUAUACAAUAUUUCUUGCUGUUAGAUUCCUAGGUACAAUGGUAUCAGCAGGUAUUCAUCGACGUCACCUUAUGGUAUGGAAAAUCUUUGCUCCUAGAUUUGUGUUUGAAGGUGUAUCGUUUCUGCUUACAAUGACAAUUAUAUUCAUUAUUUAUCUGAUUCUUCUUAGACUGGAUAAAGUUUUAAAAAAUUGGUUUGACCAGCUUGUUAUUAAAUGCCACGAACAAUAA